AUAUCGGAGUGGGAGAAGGGACCUUCUGACGUACCUAGGGGAGGAGACCGUCACCAGGGGGAGGAGCUACGACCGAACAGGGUACCCGAAAAGUGCCCUCGCGGGUUCGCUUCGCUCGCCACGUUUCGGGCUCGGUGGCUCGCUCCGCUCCGCUCGCCACCUAAUUACUAAAGGAAAUAGUUGGUGGCGUGGAUACUAGAUCAGCUGUCCCGCUGGCGUGGCUCCUCCCCCUGACGGAAAAGGUCCCUUAGGCCACUUGGAUCUAGCCUCAACCGACUCCUGCAUGCUGUGCGGUCACCUAGACCGGCAUGCGUCUGUUGCGGGUGAUAGUGGAUGUUCGGGCCUGGGCCCAGAGGAGACCGGGAAACCCUUUCCCGAGCCGUGACUUCAGAGCAGAGCCGGUGCCCCGGGAUGUGCUGCUGUUUGAGCACAAGAGGCCGCGGUUCUUCCGGCUGCUGGGGAUGUUCUGCGUGGCGCAGACUGGCUUCUGGGGUUACAUGGCGCACUUUGGCUUCACUUCCUUGCGGGACACCAGCCGGAGUAACGCGGGUCAGGGGAAGGAAGUGACAGGAAGGAACAUGGGCUCCCCUUUGUGGCGGACGUUAUUCACGAUCAGCUGUUUGUCAGUGGGCUCCCUCAUAAUGGUGGCUGGUUUGCUGUUCUCCCGUCGUUCAGUCAGCGCUGUGACUCUGAAAGCUGGAGGGGACAUGGUAACUAUUGUCACAGCAGGCAUAUUCGGCGUUGGCUCAUCUUUCACCAUCCCUCUGAGACAUGUUUCUUGCAUGGCCCACCGCUCCCAGGUUCCUGCUAUGCUACCGCUCAAGAUUAAAGGCCAACCAUUGUACUACUUACUGGACAAGCAGGGACAUGUUUUCAAUGGCAAGUUGUUUGAUGUCACUGUGGGAGCGUAUCGGAAAUUGUGAUAUUUUUUUUUUUUUUUUUUUACACAAGUUGUAUGUAUAUAUGUACAAUGUAUUAUUAAAGAUUGUUAUACUUUCA